GUGGCGGCGCUGCGCGGGACUCGCGGAGCAACCGGGUCCCGGGAGCCGCCAUGCCUCGCUACGCGCAGCUGGUCAUGGGCCCCGCCGGCAGCGGGAAGAGCACCUACUGUGCCACCAUGGUCCAGCAUUGUGAAGCGCUCAACCGAUCUGUCCAAGUGGUAAACUUAGAUCCAGCCGCUGAACACUUCAAUUACUCGGUGAUGGCAGACAUCCGAGAACUGAUCGAGGUGGACGAUGUGAUGGAGGAUGAUUCUCUGCGGUUUGGUCCCAAUGGAGGAUUGGUAUUUUGCAUGGAGUACUUUGCCAACAACUUCGACUGGCUCGAGAACUGUCUUGGUCAUGUAGAGGAUGACUACAUCCUUUUUGACUGUCCAGGUCAGAUUGAGUUAUAUACUCACCUGCCUGUGAUGAAACAGCUGGUUCAGCAGCUGGAACAGUGGGAGUUCCGAGUCUGCGGAGUUUUCCUUGUUGAUUCUCAGUUCAUGGUGGAGUCAUUCAAGUUUAUUUCUGGCAUCUUGGCAGCCUUGAGUGCUAUGGUAUCUCUUGAAAUUCCACAAGUUAACAUCAUGACAAAAAUGGAUUUGCUGAGUAAAAAAGCUAAAAAGGAAAUUGAGAAGUUUCUAGAUCCAGACAUGUAUACUUUAUUAGAUGAUUCUACAAGUGACUUCAGAAGCAAAAAGUUCAAAAAAUUGACUAAUGCCAUCUGUGGGCUGAUUGAUGAUUACAGCAUGGUUCGGUUUUUGCCUUAUGAUCAGUCAGAUGAAGAAAGCAUGAACAUUGUAUUACAGCAUAUUGAUUUUGCCAUUCAGUAUGGAGAAGACUUGGAAUUCAAAGAACCAAAGGAACAUGAAGAUGAAUCGUCUUCUAUGUUUGAUGAAUAUUUUCAAGAAUGCCAGAAUAAAUGAAGAAUUUGUUAAAAUG